AUUGGUUUAGCGGUUCUUAAUUUCUCAGCAUUUGUGUUUCUAACCUUGAAAGAGUGCAGAUCAUGCAUGAAGUAGUGAAUUCGUAAUUAUGCAAAAUUCACAAGGGAUAAUUUUUUUUUUGUGGGACCAAGUAAAAAACGAUCUCAAAAGUGAAUCUGGGAUUGGCUUCUUAGCAUUAAUCGAUGUGGUUUGCAAAUUAAAUUUGCUGUCUGUCAUCUUUAUUGGGGUUGUUAGCUGAUUCUAGUGUUAUAUUGUGUAGUUGGGUUGGGUAGAGGAUUCUUCUUCUUUUUGUUUUUUAAUUUAGUAUUCUUCUUGUUGGUUGAUUUUAUUACUACCUUGUCCAAUUGGGUAGAGCUAAAUCUGUACUGAUUUUCUUAUGAAUUCUGAGCAAGGUUUCCCUAACUUUGAAGGUUAUUUAAGAAUUUGUUCCAACUGUCCAUUUUUACGAGGAGUUUGUCAGUUCAUGAUCCUUUCAUUUAUGCCGUAAUUAACUUUGCCUUUUUUUUAGGUUCAAUUAUUUUAGAUAGAGUCUCACGUUAAGCUUUAAAAACUUUGGUAAAAGUACACAGUUGAGUUGAGUAUCCUCCUUUUUGGGGCUUUCUAAGAUAUUUCUGAUUUUCUCCUUUUUUUCUUUUUUCAUUUUUUAAAAGCAUUGCUGCAGAUUUAUUUGUAACUUAGUUAUUUCUGAAUUGAUUCAAUUUUUCUGGUUUCUGGGGGUUGUGGCCACGCACUGCAUUGAAUUCAGAAGAUAUGCAUUUGGAUGAUUGGUCUAUGAAAUAUUUUGAUGAAUAACAGCCUUUUUUUUCUUUUCCUAUUUAGCGAGUCCAGAAAUUCAUGGAGUUCUAGUGUGUUUCUGGUGGAAAUGGCUCCAACUGGCACCUCAUUUGUUAAAGUACAGAGGAAUUUGCAGAGGUUUAUGACAGUUCUACAAUCAGCAGUUUCUGAAUGGUUUUUGAUCUUUCUGCUGCUGAUUGAUGCUGCACUGUCGUAUCUGCUGACAAAAUUUGCAAGUUAUUGCAGAUUGCAAAUACCUUGCAUGUUUUGUUCCAGGCUUGAUCAUUUUCUGGGCAAUGAAAAACCUGGAUUUUAUAAAAAGGUAAUUUGCAGCAACCAUAGAUCAGAAAUAUCAACCUUGAUUUCUUGUCACAUUCAUGGGAAGCUUGCUGAUGGCUAUGGAAUGUGUGAGGAAUGUCUACUGUCAUCCACUAUGAAAAGCAAAUCAAGCACAGAUAUAAACAGACUGUUGAUGGGUAAGUUUGGGUUUGAUAUUGGCGCUGAUGGUUUCGAGAACUAUUUGUGGAGUAGAGAACUUGUUUCUGGUUCUGUUGGUAUGAGGAUGUGCUCAUGUUGCAAUAAGCCUUGGAGAUCAAGACAGCCUUCCAACAGAGUAGCCCAACUGAAAUCACCUAGGAGUGGGAUGACUAAGCCUAAUAUUCCCAUGCCCCGCCAUUUAACCCACCGUGAAAAUAUAAAGAAAAGGAGAGAGAAUUUUCCUGGAUCUGUAACAUCUCACCGUCUUGUAAGGUGUGGUUACAAUCCUGGGUCACAAGUAGCAUACACUGAGCUCAAGUUCACUUCUGAUUCUGAGUCGGAAUUCCCAUUUUCUGAUGAUGAUGAGGGCCGUAGUAUUAGUCACAUAAUGAAGGAGCUGAAGGAAGAGCCUAUAGUUUCCCCCAAAACAUUGACCGAUGGUAUAGCCUCGGAGAAGAUGACGUAUCAUUCCUUGAAAGGUUUGGCUUCUGAUGUUGAGUUUAACAGGCAGCAAGCUGAUCAUGAAAACUAUCCCUCUGCCCUACCUCAGCUUAUUUCUUUUGAUGAUUUUCCUUCUUCAUCCAGUGUAAUGGACAUUCAUGUAGGAGUGUCAUCGGUGAGAAGUGAGCUCAUGUUUCCUUUCUCUCAGAAUUACAAUCUUUCUGCACUCUCUGAUCUCAUGUCACUGGCAGUUCCCUCAUCAUCUAAUGCUGUUGAAGGUCCUUUGGAAGCAUCAGAAAGGAAAUCAGCAAAUGACAUUGGAACGGGUGACAGACAAGAUAUAUCCAUCAACAAGCACAAGGAAAUUUCUAUAUUAACUGCACCUACCAGAGGAGGUGGUCAGGUUGCUAAUGAAGUGCCUUCUAUAAAUUCACGUAGUGUGGAUCUGAUUGAUGUAUGGAAGCCUGCUGCCAGUGGUGAGGAUGGAGAAUCAAGAACUUCUAUGGCAAAAAAACAGACUGCAAAUGGACCUGAAAGAGUUGAUAUGGAGUUGCCAACGGAAAAUGUUUUUGCUGAAGGGCCUGAUUUAUCUUCGCAUAACGCUAUCACCGGGAUUGAAGGUCAUGAUGAUGAAUUGCAGAUGAAUAAUGCUGUGAGAUCUAAUGGAGUUCAAAUGCUUAAGACAGAGAGCACUGGAUCAUCCGGUCUUGAGUCUCUCGAUGGAAGCUUUUUCACUGAGAUUGAAGGUGAAAGUACUAUUGAUCGGUUAAAGCGACAAGUGGAGUCAGAUAGGAGACACAUAAGCGCUUUGUACAAGGAAUUAGAGGAAGAAAGAAGUGCUUCUGCAAUUUCUGCAAAUCAGGCAAUGGCCAUGAUCACAAGGUUGCAAGAGGAAAAGGCAGCACUUCAUAUGGAGGCCCUGCAGUACUUAAGAAUGAUGGAAGAGCAAGCAGAGUAUGAUGUAGAGGCUCUGGAGAAAGCUAAUGAUCUGCUGGCUGAGAAAGAGAAAGAAAUACAGGACUUGGAAGCAGAGAUAGACUCUUUGCAAUUGAACCUCUCCAAUGAAUCAACAGCAGAGACUAUACAUGUGGAAAGUGAUGAUCUGAAGGGGAAAAACAUGAGUUUAGAGAAUACUUCCCCAUGCUAUGAUGAUACCAUUGUUCCUUGUAGCUCAUCAUUUAGGGAGGUCUUGAAUGACAAUGAGAAACCUGCUAGUGUCAAAUCUUCUUUGUCAGAAUAUGAAGAAGAAAAGUUUCUCAUUUCACAGCGUUUGAAGGGUUUGGAGAGGAAACUUCAUCAAUUUGCAUCUCAUGGGGGUUCGCAAUCCAUGUCUGAUAGUGACUAUUCCCAGGAAGCAGCUCAUGGAGGGCAUAAUGUGGGAGAAUCUUUAGACUAUGAGGGGAGUCGAACAGCUGAUCAGACAAAAGAGGAUAAUUUGUCAAUGCAAAAGGAUUCACCUGUAUCUAAUGGAAGCCUUCCUGCCCAUGAAAUGUCCAGUGCUUCAGUUGGCAAACAUCAAGUUGUUGCUAACAAUGAAAGUAACCAUCUGAUUUUUGACGGGAAAAAAUCCUCCAAGCAACACAAAGAAAUUGAUUUGGUUGUUCUUGAAAAUGAAAUCUCAGACCUUAAUGGAAGAUUGGAAGCACUUGAAUUUGAUAGGAAUUUUCUGGAGCAUGCUUUCAAUUCUCUUCAAUCUGGAAAAGAGGGACUACAAUUUGUUGAAGAAAUAGUUCAUCAUCUACAAGAGUUGCGGAAAAUUGGGAUGAGAAAUAGUAGCGGAUCUGUUCCUUGAGUUUAUAUGCUUUGUUAUGGGAUAUGCACUUGGCACUACUGAAAGAAUUGGAAGCCAAGCACAUUAUCUACCAGUAUUUCAGCGCAGGACUUGCUAAAUGCUCUGCUGCAUCAUCUCAGCUAUCGUGCUAAAUCAUAUACAGACAUAAUGAGCUCUCAUGUACAGGUAAUAAUACCUUAGAUUUCUGGAAGAAAAGAAUAACAUACUCCGAGGAUUGGUUCUGUCCAUUUUGAAGUGAUUUCCUCCAUUUUUUUUCCGCCCUCCUGGUGGAUUUCUGUAGCUUACCUUUCCUGUUACUACAACUUGUAGGCAGGUUCAUCGUUUUUUAUAGUUUUGAGGGCACCAAUAGAGGAGAUUGCAUAAAGUUGCAUCGUUUUUAUGUACUUCACUAUCUAUAAUUUCUUGAAGUCAACAGAUCCGUUGUAAAUUCGAAA